AUGGACGAUCCUGGAUUAAUAUUCUUUGAACAAACAAAGUUUGCUCUAAACAUGAUCUCCAUUAUCGGACUAGGUCUUGUCAAAUCGUCGAUUUUGGUGUUAUACAAGAACAUCUUUGACGUACGAAAGUUUCGCAUCGUGGUAUACUGCGUGCUUGCCUGUGUCGAAACCGUGCCGAUGUUUUUGGCCCUACUUUACACGGGUGUCUUCGCAGACAUUGUCAUCCUUAUUCUUCCUAUCCCGAUGGUUUUGAGUGUCAGAAUGGAGGCCAAGAAGAAGCUAGCUGUAAUCGUAAUGCUUUCACUUGGAGCUGCCUACGGAUACGGAUCAUCAGGUCACGGUUUUGGCUCAUCCGCGCUGAACGGCACCACGAAAAGUACAACGUUUGGCGGCAAGCUGGUACGCAAGCCAUACCAGGAGAUUGACGAGAUCGAGCUGACGGCGCGCUCUGAAGGUCCUUCUACGCCUCCCGAAGACGCCUCAACACUAGGCAAGCGCGGUAUCACGAAGGAAAUCACAAUUCACCAGACGUUGGGAUGA